GCGGUGGAAUUUUCGGAAAUCGGGGUGCAGCUGCGCCGAAGGCACCAGCGGCGCCAAAGGCGAAAGCUCCACAGGCACCACCGGCAGCUCCAAAGGCACCAGCCCCUGGAAUGCCACUUCCGAAAUCUGCGCCAGUGACGCGCGCGCCAUAUGUUGCCGGAGACUUGGGGCCGACGAGCAUCACCAUCGUGAACGAUGCUCUCGCGAGGGCAGUGGCCAGACCAGUGGCUGCGGCGAACCAGCGGCCCACGGCCGAGGCCAAAGCAAGGGGUGUGCCACCGACCCUCACAUCACAAGAAGUGGCAGCGAUUCAACGAGACGUUGACUCAAGGCUCAGGAGGGCAAUCGGUCGUGACUGCGUUGAGACCGACAUGGCAAUUCGAUAUGCUGCGGCAAAGUUGACGGACUUCACCAGGGCGGGCUCUAGCACAACGUCGGUGCAGCUUGUGGCAAAAGCCCGUGCCGUGGCAACUCCAGCACCGAAGGCCGGAACUUCUUCCGUCGGAUCAAUGCUGACUGUUCACGCGGCAGGCUGGCUUGGAUCAGAAACGGAGGGCUGUUCCGACCAGCAAAAACCUGUGGUCCCAACCUCUGCGGUCGGGGCCAUCACACUGGUGGGGCUGCCACUCGGGCCGGGCACUGGCUCAAUCGUUGCUGUGGAGGGUCAGUUUCCUCCGGCGACGUUCCCAGCUGGUCGUGACACGUGGCGACCGUACGUGACACAAGACACAGAGUUGUGGUCUUUCAGUGUUGAGUCGCCGGUCCUGUCCUUGAUUUCUGGGACGACACCCGAGCCCACGGAUCGAAGGAGCCUCUAUGCGACUCACUCAGCCUUGGCCCCUGCCCAGCAGGACUACUACGCCCGAACAAGCCUUCCAGCAGUUGCGACAUUCCUACGCAUCGCUAUGACGGCCAACGUCCCUGCGGAAGAGAAUCAAAGAGCAAAGACAAUGGCCGCAAUCUUCGCAGAAGCUGGGACGAUGACAUCAGGGCCGCAGCAUGCUGGGAAGGACGCGGUUGCGGACGUGCGUGCGCUCCAGGCGCUCGAUGUCAUGAGUGAGGUCUCUGACCGCUGCGGGAUGGUUCAGUUUGACUUGAAGCCGGCGGUGCAGUCAUCUCCUGACGAUUUGGGACUUCGAAUCGAAACUGUGGCAGUUGUUGAUUCGCAGUACGCGGCAGCAAAGAGCGCCGUUGUGCAACCAGGGUCAAGGCUGGUCAUGCAAACUGGUACGCUUGCGUCGACCGACUGUGUCGAGAUGAAGAUCGUCCGCCAAUUCAACAGAGGGCUGUCGCUUGCCGUGAGCGACUGCCUCACAAACCUUUCGAGGGAACACGUGCUGCUCGAGGUCGCCUCUUGCAAUGGAGGCGUGAGGAACUGUUUUAAGCAGUGGGCUCCUGUGUUUGGAACACAGUUCGAACCCCUACUCAUCGGCAUCUCAAUUGCCCAGGAAGGCCUGUCGCAUCCGGUGUCAAGGGAGCUGAAGCUGUUUCGCGGCGAUGCGGCGUCGUUCAAUCACACUUAUUCCCAAUCGGGGGCCGAGGCAGCAAGGGCGGCAUUUGGGGCGCACCCGUUUCCAGAAGCCAGACAAGUGUGGCUCUCGCUCCGCAAUGACGAGGCACACCUGCUCUUGGCGAGCUUUUCUUUGGGCCUAAGUACGAUGGCCGCCGUCGAUCGUGCUGAUGUGAUUGAAGCUCCUCAAACGGCGAAGGAGGUCACGGCAGCUUCAGCCGUGACGACUCAGCAGGAGUCGAAGUCUGCCGCAAAUGCCCUCGCAGAUGCGCAGGCGACCAUCGCGAAAACUGCAAAUGUCCGCGCGGCUGGUGUCCUGGCCGGAAUUGCAGCUUCGAUGCAAUUGGCAGAUGAUGAAAAGAAAGUCGAGGAGCCAGUCAUGAGCAAGAGAUAUGCUGUGGUCCACCCAAGGCCUCAUCACUCGACAGCCACAGCUAUGAGCUCUCCGACGCCUCUCGUCUCUGCUCAGGCGAACCCAGAAAUUGUGAACUUUCUUUGCUCGACAUUUCACAGACAUGCAGCGGUGAGGUUCAAUGCCAGAGCUCCUAGCCAAGAGAUGGCAACCCUUCGAGCGAUCGUGAGGCUCGCUGAUGCCUUGCCUUCGGCUGCAGUGAACGCUUUGGAGUCUUCGCGUGCAUCACCUGUCUUGGAUGCGAAACGAGUCGUCCGUCAAGCAGGAAGGGCCUUGGGUGGCGGGCUGAUCUUCAAGACGAGGUGGCCAAGGGUUGUCUCAUCGAUGAAGGAAAGGCUCAAAUCGAGCCGAGACCUCCUCGGAUCGGGAGCUGACCUCCUGUCGAAGCUCGCCCCAUAUUCGAGGAUCCUGGGAUCUUGGGCUUUGGCUUCUGCGGUCACAAAUUGUGUUCCAGACCCGAACCACGCAGAGCGCUACAAGGCAAGCCUGAAGGCAGCCGAGGCACCAGCGCUGGCAGCAUCGAUGCUUGAGUGCACAGGGGCAUGGGAGAGAGAAGCCGCCAAAUUCUUACGCCACGUCUCAGGGUCCGUUGCUGUCCGGACUGGACAGGACGUGUCCCAGGUACAUGGCAAGCUCUUGCAGGAGUUGUGUGUGGUUGCACGUUGCCACCGCGCCCGUACUGUGCUUCGACGGCGUGCUGGACUGGCCUCUGCCUCGGUGGCGGACUUUCUUGUGCAACCUGUGAAUGCCCUUGUUGCACAAAGAGAAAAUGCAUCGAUGCUGAGAACAAACCUCACAUCGGUGACCCAAGAUCAUGUGCUGCCGAUUGCAGUUGCCAUCGCGAAUGAAGCAGGGAACGACAGCCAGAAGACCAUUGAAAUCGCGCUGAGGCUGUCGCCUGUGAUCUCCGAAAUCUUGACCACCGGCCAGGACUACCGCCGGGCAAAGCGUCAUGAGAAAGCUGCACGAGAUGAAGAAGCUAUCGAUUUCAUUUGGUGCGGCUCCUAUCCUAAGGAACCGUUGCAAGUCGGUCGUCGGCUGGGCAGCGGACUCUUCGGUGAAGUGUGCUUCGCCCACCGCCGCUCGGCAAGAAGUUGGGGUGCCAGGUGGUCACUGCAGAACGCAUCGGUUGAGCAACGAGUUUUUUCUCGACGCAUCGGUCCGCAUCGGCUGUCAGCCCUAGGCCACCCCAAUGUGGUGAAGCCCUUUGAACGCUUAGCUGGGGCAACGAUUUGGGCCCUGGCAGAUGGCCAGCCCUGGAAUGUGGCUGCGCAGGUCGUUUCGACCGCGCGCUACCUGGCUGCGGCCCAGUUCAUCACCUGGGAUGUCCACAAGGAUGACGUUUUGAUCGACCAUGGUGGUCACGUCACCUUCCUGGACAUCUUCAUGGGGCCAAGCGAGUGGGCCAAUCUUUACGGGUACCAGAAUUCGGGCUGCUUAUACACCUUGCCCCCGGAACUGAAACGCGGCGGACCUGAGCGAACGAAUGUGGUCUAUCGCCUUGCUGCACGGGCCGGGGCGCGACCGGCACUUGAAACCCCACACCUCCUUCCCGACCAACCCCGAGCGCGGCCAGCCGAUGUGUUGAUUGUGACUUUGCCCGACGUUCACCAAUCUUCCUGGAGACGGUUUCCCAAGUUGGCCUUGGAUUGUGCUAUCACGUCCCCAUUCCAAAGUUCUGUGUUGCGACCCUCGGCUACCACUCCCCUGGCGGCAGCUGAUAGGUGGGCUGUGGCUGGACUGUUUGCUUGGCACACCAUUCACAAAGGGAAAUUUUCUUCUGUGCCUCGUGGCCUCGAGGCUAUUGCCCCUCUCGAAGAGAGAGCGCUCUUUCAC